AUGCCGGUCGGCGUAAGAUAUUUAGAUCUAGCUCCUUCUCCGCACUCCCUUACACCGACGGUCCGCAGUGGCACGACGGCCAACUCACGCAAUGCAAAGUUGCCCAGCACGCGGUGUCCGAAUGUUGAUCAAUGCCCCACCGUUGGGCUUCUGGCUACCGCUGAACGCCUGAGCGGUUCGUCGUGGUGGCGCAGGCUUCAAAGAGGAGCGGCAACAUGGUUACUUCUGCUACUGACAACUCUUGCCCUGUACAGCAGUAAUGGAGUGUCGGCAGCGGAAAACAAUCAGCGUGUCGUGUGCUACUAUACAAACUGGUCCGUCUAUCGACCUGGUACGGCCAAAUUCACGCCCCAGAACAUCAACCCGUACCUUUGCACCCAUCUGAUCUACUCGUUCGGUGGGUUCACCAAGGAGAACACGCUCAAGCCGUACGACAAGUACCAGGACAUCGAACAAGGUGGUUUCGCCAAGUUCACUGGACUGAAGACGUACAACAAGAACCUGAAGACGCUGCUCGCCAUCGGCGGAUGGAAUGAGGGAUCGUCACGCUUCUCGCCGCUGGUCGCCGACUCGGAGCGGCGUGCCCAGUUCGUGAAGAAUUCGAUUAAAUUCCUGCGCCAGAAUCACUUCGACGGUCUCGAUCUCGACUGGGAGUAUCCGGCGUUCCGCGAUGGCUCGAAGCCGAAGGAUCGCGAAAACUACGCCCAGCUGGUGCAGGACCUGCGCGAGGAGUUUGAGCGCGAGUCAUCGAAGACGGGUCGCCCGCGGCUGCUGCUAACGAUGGCAGUGCCGGCCGGUGUCGAGUACGUUGAGAAGGGCUACGAUGUGCCAAAGCUGAACAAGUACCUGGAUUGGUUCAACCUGCUCACCUAUGACUACCACAGCGCGUACGAGCCGGCGGUGAACCACCAUUCGCCGCUAUUUUCGCUCGAGGAAGCUUCAGAGUACAACUACGAUUCGGAACUCAAUAUCGAUUAUAGUAUAAAGUUCUAUCUGAACGCUGGAGCGGACCGUGACAAGCUGGUACUCGGUAUUCCGACGUACGGGCGCUCGUACACGCUGUACAAUCCGGACGCAACCGACAUCGGCGCACCGGCGGAUGGCCCCGGCGAGCAGGGUGAUGCAACGCGCGAAAAAGGCUACCUGGCGUACUACGAGAUCUGUAGUAAUCUAAAGGAGAGCACGGACUGGACGGUGGUGCAGCCAAAUCCGAAGGCGAUGGGCCCAUACGCCUACAAGGGCAAUCAGUGGGUUGGCUACGAUGACGAGGCCAUUGCGCGCCGCAAGGCUAAGUACGUCGCAGAGAACGGACUAGGCGGUAUCAUGUUUUGGUCGAUCGACAACGAUGACUUCCGAGGAACGUGCCACGGGAAGCAGUAUCCGAUCAUUGAGGCAGCAAAGGAGGCACUGUUGGCCAGUACAGAGGUCGGCGUGAACGACAUUGCUGCUCCAAGCCGACCGCGCAAACCCAGUCGAUCGCGUAGUCGCACCGGUUCGACGACUCGUAACCGCGUUAACACCGACAAUAACAACGAAAUCAAGGCAUCGUUCAAAACAUCCCCGGGGCGUAAGGUUGCCCGGCCGAGCCGUGUUACUACGACAAGCACCACCACGACGACCACUACCGAAGGCUCGCUGUAUAUCGGAGGGCGUACGACCACACCACAGCCACCGACUACACCCGAUCCGGGAUCAGAUUUCAAGUGCGAAGAUGAAGGAUUCUUCCCUCACCCGAGAGACUGCAAGAAGUACUUCUGGUGUCUGGACAGCCCUAGCCUCGGUCUGGUCGCUCACCAGUUCACCUGCCCCUCCGGGCUGGUGUUCAACAAGCUGGCGGACUCGUGCGAUUACGCGCGUAAUGUGAUCUGCUCAAAGACGUCCGCGACCACCAGCACCACCACGACGACGAGCACGACGACGACAACUACACCGUCGCCCAGGACGACGAGUACCACGCAGCGGGCACGUAUUUCUCUCUCGACGAACCGUAGCAACUUCUUCAACCGUAUCGCAACCUCAACUACCACCACCACCACGGAACCUUCGGUGGAGACGGACUACUCGGAGGAGGAGGAAGAUGUCGAGAGGCAGCCAGAGGAGGACCCGAAAGUGAUCAAGGAACUGAUCGCGCUCAUCAAGAAGGUCGGCGGCAUCGAGGAGCUGGAGAAGCAGCUGCAAGCCCAGGAGGACGGCUCCAUUGUGCUGAAGGAUGGCGAAUCGGACCAGAUCUCGACCACACCACCAACGAUAAGCAAAUCGCUGUACGAGCGCGUACUAAGCCGCACCGGCAACGCCGGGCUCACGUUCCGACCGGCCAUCACGUUCAACCAGAGUCAGAAGCCGGAACGGACGGCGGCUUCGCCCGAGAACAAGUACUCGUCGGUCGUGCGGGGCAACUCGUACACCAACAGUCGCGUCGGUCCGCAGAACGAAGGUCUCGAUCAGCUGCCCGAGUUUGAGGGAGUGUUCAAGGAGAAGCCGAAGUACGUGACGCUGAACCGAGCCCGGCCGACGAAGGUCGCCUCGAUCGAAGACCGCUACGACGACGACGACGAGAUCGAUGAGGAGGAGAACCAGCCGUCCACCUUCGAGGCCCGACAGCCGACCACCAGCCCCAAGUACGUAAGCAUCCGGCGACAGCGGCCUGCUCCGUCCGGCGAGCAGGAGCAGGAUAAGCAGGAAAGCAGCGAGCGUGAUACGGGCGCUAGCCGGGAGGGUGCCCCAACCGGGCAGGUGCAGUACAGCACACUCAACCGGAACCGUUUCCGGACCACCAUUUCUCCGGAACCAGCACCCGAAACCGACAAGGACUCGCUGCGCCCACUGUCAAACCGGUACAACACCAUCGAUCGUAGACGGACGCCCAGUGCGCAGUACACCAGCAGCAGCCUUCAGGAAGCGGAAACCGAUGAUGUAGGCACAGAUUCCUCUCUUUUGGUAUCAUCUACAGACUUCCAAAGCAUUUACACCACAGCAUCAACCAUUACUACUACCGAUGCCACACCACCAUCAGAACCAAACUUGAUACCUUACAGCACACGACAAUACAGUAACAUCGAGCGCGGUACAAGCGCCAGCAGCGGCGGCAGCGUCAACAGCAACAGCAACAGUGUCACCAGCAGUACUGGCAGCAACACUCUCAGUAGUCGCGACAGUAUUAGCAAUAGUAACGAUAGAAGUAGUUAUACCAGUAGCGGUAGUGUCAGCACUACCGAGCCUUCCACUUUACAGUUUUCUUACACAAAUCCAACCACCACCACCACCACCACUCCGAGCCCAACCGAUACACAGAACAACGACGUACAGCCAGAGGUGCUCAGCACCGACUACCAGACCGAGGCGACCGCGACCGAUACCGAGCAGUCGCUCGGCGACGACGCGGACCCGUCGACGGUAAACCGUAACGCCGACACGACGCUCGAGGUAACCACAGUCUUUAACCUGGGUGAAAGCGUUACCGGUAGUAGUGUGGUUGGUUUGGAGAUGGGGGGUUUGCAGGGUACGGACGCGCUGGGCACGAGCCCCAGCAAGAGCGCCGAGCUCGUGCGGGAUGCCGACGAGUCCGGCGGCUCGGAUGGGCCGGAGGCGACCACGGCAGCAAGCGCCGCAUCGACGGCCGGUCCGCUCCUCACUAACGAUGCCACGGCUAACUCGAUUCCCAAAUUUCCCACAAGAACUAGGAGACCACCGGGUACCACUACCACUACUACCACUACCAUUACCACUACCCUAGAGCCCGUCACUAACCCUAGCAGGGAGGUUGCCUCGGGUGGUGCGUUCGCGCCGACCAAGGGCGCGCCGCGCCCAUUCCGGCGUACCCGCCCGACGCGCCCGUCCACCACAACGAGCACGGCCGGAGGAGCGUCGGCAGCCGAUGCCGACACCGCAACGACACUGCGCUCGGUGAAGGUGAGUUUUUCCAAUUCCCAGAGAUUUGACCUUUCAGGCGCCAGCCGUCGGAGGGUCGGCACCGCCGCACCGGACAGCAACGAGGUGCAGGCGGCCGGUAGAACGCCGGAGGAGGAGGUGCAGGAGUCGCAGGGCACGCAGCGGCCCCCCGUACGGGCCGGCAACCGUGGCCGGGUGCGCUUCCGCACCUCCACCGAACGGCUGGCCCCGGUCCCUCGGGUGCCCGUUACUGCCCGGGACGGCGUCAACGCUCGCCAGCCCUCCGACGAGGCCGUUCCCUCGACAACGACUCCAGCCGCGCGCCGCCGCCCACGACCAUCUGCCGGCGACUUUGCCGCGAGCCGCUUCGCCCUAGGCACCCGCUCAACCACGGCGGAACCCCAGCGCCAGACCGUCGUUCCGUCCGAGCGUAGCUCGCUGCGACGCCUCAACUUUAGCGUGUACAGUGGCCGCAGUACGGCCGAGUACUCGUCGACCACCACCACCACCACUACCACCGAGGAGCCGCGCAUCGAAACCGACACCACGGAACAGCCGGAAAUUCGAUCCUACACGCGCCUCGCGGACGAUCCGUUUAUGACGCAGGAGCGAAUUCUGCUCACGCUCGGUACGGCGCUGCGGUACGGGUUCAACAACCGCAACGAGCUGCUCAGCAGCACACCGAACGUCCGCGAUACAACGCCGGCCGAGCCGGCUAGCUCGAGCACGUACAGCGACGCGGAUCUGUCAGGCGAAACGCUCAGCACCGAGCCGAGGCAACCGAGCCCGGCGAGUGAGUUCACCACCGUGUACAGCGUGAACGCGGCGGAGGUGGACACGACCACACCGCAGCCACGCAAGCUGGCCACCUCGAGCCUGCGGGGCCGUUUCGUCCCCAGCAGCACCACCGAGUCGAGCGACACGACGCUGAACGUAGUCGUGUCGGAGGUGAACACAAACAAAACAUUCAUACCGGGCCGAACACGACCGACGCGGCCGACCCGCCUGCGUACCACACCCGUGGUCGGGGUGGAGCAGACCGAGCUGGAGCCGGAGAGACAACCUCCGAGACCGUUCGCGCGACGACCCGCCGCCUCACGCUUCGCCCCACCGGAGGAACCGACCGUAAACGAGGUCACGGAACGGGCGCCUGGUAUAUCGACCACUAAGAGGCGACGUACGACCCGGCGGCGUACGUCACCGACGGUCAAUGCCGUCACACCAUCGCUGGUCGAUACGGAGCGGGACGCUGAAGCGCCAUUGCCGGUUGUGAACCGGCCCUCCAUCAACCGGCAGCGACUGUUCGCAUCUCGUACACCGCCAACAACCACAACACCAUCGACGACGACGACGACGACGGCAGGUACGUCCGCCGUGACCGGCGAGUCGUUCACCGUGGAGCCGACCUACCCGGACAGCAAUGUGGCCAACUCGGACUUCACGACCGUCAUCUCGGAGACGUCCAACGAGAUCGGGUCACCGUACGACCUCAUGAACAGCGAGGCGCUGCUCAACUUCCCCGAGCUGACGAACCAGGCCGCGCCGGGAGUGGAGGAGGAGGCGGAGGACACCCUAUCCACGCUGGCCGCCUCGGUCACCACGGAUCCCAAUCCAAGCGCAAACCUCAUUGCGGGCGGUGCGCCCACCUCACGGCCCGCCCGUCCGGCGCUGCUCGGGCGCAAACUGCCCGCCGAGGUGCGCCUCAACGACAGUCAGCAGAUCGAGUCCGAGUCCAUACCGAACAAGAGCCCGGCGAAGGGCUUCGGCGCGGGUACGACCCGUCGCAAGUUCACCGGUAAGUACCUAACGACGGAGGCGCCCGAGCCGACGGAACCGAUCAAGAAGUUCAUCCCGACGCGCCGCAAUCGGCCCUCCUUCUCGCUCUCGCGGCGUGUGACAACCACGACGGAAGAUCCGGCGUCGGCGGCUGGUGCAACGACGGCGUCGGCCGACGUGGCGGCUCCUCCAACACCAUCCGGCGGCUCAUCGUUCGUGCCCUCGAUUCGCCGGAAGCCGAUCGGAUUGGGUACCCGCACGACCACAACUUCGGCGCCCACAAACAACGAGGAACAACCGGCGGGACCGGCACUGGCACCACGAACCACCCGCCGUCGCCCCUCGUACGCACAGAACCGGCCCGCACGGCCCGGAUUUGAGGAUUCGUUCGACAAGGGCACGGUCGCGGCUAAGCCGGUCGAGCAGAAGGCGAUUAACCGCACCUCCGGGUUGCUGCCGAGGCGCCAGAUUUACGCACGUACGACUACGACGACCACUACUACGACCACGACGACUCCGGCGCCGACGUUCGCCGACGGUGAGGUGACCGAUCGGACGACGCUCGAGGAAGAGACGAGCGCGGAGCGGUACGGUGGAGGGUUGCUGAGUGGGUUGACCACGCGUCGGUACAACGAAACGCCGCGUCGACCGCCGGGUCUGUCCUCCUCCUCCUCCGAGGAGCGCCGUUACAGCGGCGAGGAGGACGACGGUGAGAACGAGAUACAGCGGCAGGCGAAGAAGCUCCCCGGUCCGCUCGGGCCGGACGGGAACAACAGCCUGCAGCAGCGUGACCCCGAUGCCGGCGAUGCCGAACGACCGCGCACCUCGGGAGAGGUGCCGCCCACACCGAACAGUGGCCCGAGCGGCUUCCGGCGCCCCGUAGGCCCGCGCAUCAUCAGCUCCGGACCGUCGCGCGUUUCACCCGGCAGCGGCAGCAAUCGGUUCAUCUUCAAGAACAACCAGCCUGCCUCCGGCUCGGAUGGCUCGGCGAGCUCGACUCCGCGGUCCCUCACGACCCGCACGCGCCGCCCCUUCGGCACUGCCUCGGGUGGAGCCGUCGCACCGAGCGGCGGCAGUGCCACAACACCGAGGGCCCGCUUCACGGUGACCACCCGGUCCCGACCGGCCUUUGGUCGUCCGCGAUCUACCACGCCCUCGACCGUCUCGAACGCCUCGGACGAUAGCGAACGACCGGUGGUGGCGGCGACGGCAGGCACCGUAGGCCAGGGGCCGCCACGUCGCUACCCGCCACGAACGCAGGGUCGACGCAAUCAAACCACCAACGGCGUUGGUUCCGUUCGAACACGUCCGGUGAGUCCGGUGUUCGGUGGUGGUGCGGUCGGUGUACUAACCACAUCCAUCGCGCCGGACAGUGCACCCGAGACGACGCCGGAGACUGUGUUGGGCGGCGCGACGACGGCGGUGCCGGAGGCGGCCGGAGACAGGAGCGCACAGACGCCGAGUGAGAACGAGGUGGAGAACACUACCUCGUACGAGGAUACAGUCAACACCAGCUACCGAACCACCACCGAAUACUACACCGCAUCCGAUGAAACUCACUACACCACACUGAAUACGGCCGACACGAUCUACACGAUUAAUGAUAAUAUCGAUAUUGAUGAUGUCAAUGUAUUGCAGGACCGUAGUAGAACGUCGACGACGACCGUCAAGCCGACCACGCUGUACCACGUGUUUUCGAUCGAUAAGGAGAACGAGUCGGUACCGUCGUCGACCGAGAUCUACCGCACCGAGGAGCAGGAGAUCGAGCUGCCGGCGGCGAACCGGACGGACAAGCACGUCACCAUCGAGCGGGUGGUGGAGAUCUACACCAAGAACGCCAGCAACCCGGACGAGCCGCCGGUGAUGCAGAAGCUCGGCGAGAUCAAGCGCAAGAUCGUCAUCCGGCUGGUGGAGCCGAACCGGGCGGCUAACCGCAGUGGCAGUGCGACCAGCUCGAGCAGCACCACCACCACGCUCGGCAACCCGGAUGGGGUGACCGAGCGGAGCGAGGACGAGCCGGCCACCGUCGGUAGUACCGAGAGCGGCGACGGUCGACCGGUGUCCGGGCGCACGAUGGUGCUGUCGUCGAACAGCGUGUUUACGAUGGAGACGUCCACCAUCCCGCUCGAGGGUUUGUUCGACGCGGAGAAGGGUGGGGCGGGCGGGUUCCCCACGACCGAGCUGCCGCCGGUGGAUGCGGAGCCGGAGACGGUGGCCCCGCAGCAGGAGAUCGAGCGCAUCUCGAGCGUCGAGUUCGGGGCAGCUACCGGUGAGCCGCCGGUGGCCGACGAUGUUGAGCCACCGCUCACGAUCACGCCGUUCGUGGCGGAGACGGAGCGCUAUACGCAGGUAACUAGCCUGCGGCCACCACCGAACACCGACCCGGACACGCUCGCCGGGCACGCUAGCUAUAAGCCGUACACGAUAGACGACUUCGGUGCGACCGAAGAACAGACCACCACCAACAGCGUGGCGGCAGCCACCAGCACCACCUUCUCUAGCACUACCACCACUGCCAGCACUUCUACCACGACGACGACGACCGAACCCGCACCGGUCUCAUCCUCGACUCAGCGCGAGAUCAUGAACAAGUACACCCUGCCGGCCGAGUUCUCCUUCCAAGAGCCCUCCAGUGAAACGACACCAACGACGACGACGACGACGACGACGACCGCACCAACCACGACAACAACCACGACGACGGCGACGACAACCACGACCGAGACUACGACGCCGGAACCGACAACAUUGACCCCAGAGGUGCCACUAGAUACCACUCUCGGUCCAGUGCGGGUGCGCCCUACCCUGGCUACCAAGAAGAAGUACACCCGACGCCCGGGAGGAGAGUCCGUGCCGGUAGCGUCUCGCGUGUCGCCAGACUUUGCGUACAACCAGUACAGCUCGGCCGAACAGACGGUGGAUGGUGAUGGUGGCGUACCGGUGACCACGGAACCGGUUCCCACGACAACGACGACGUCGCCAGGUGCGUCACGUACGACCGGCGGUAGUCGACUUUACACGAACAACCGCAAGUACCUUUCGUCGCAGUCGCUGCGACCGGCUGCCAACCCACAGCAGACCACGGCCGAGGUUCCCUCGUACCGGAAGUCGAAGGACAUUCCCCUGAGUGGGUUACCGCGAGCGUCCGCCUCGAAGGCCACCACCGGUGCGACCACACCGACGACGGAAGCGGUCACAACGACACAGCGCACCACCACCACCACCACGACGACGACGACCGCCGCACCGAUUACCAAGAUCGAUUUCAACAUCAAGUACGUGCUGCCGGCAACGCUGCCGGACGCGAGCGCCGCGGAGCUGAAGAUCGAAAGCAAGAACGACAAGUACAGCGUACCGCUGUCGUCGAUACUGCGCGACUUUACCACGCGUGAAAUCUCCGGCGAGCGGCAGGAGCGCCUGUUCUCGCCCGUCUACCGCCCGGAGCUGGACAACGACGAGCAGACGCGCCAGCUGACCAGCGACCCGGACCCGGUGGCGCUCGAGGCCGAGCUGCUGGACCGCGAGAUCCUCGGUGGUGGCGGUAGUGCGGAGCGGGCCCGACCCUCGCCGGUCGCCGCCGCCUACUCCCAGCGCCGCUCGGCUGAGGUGCCACCGCAGUUCCGACCGAGCCUACGCCGUCCGUCCGUUGGCGGGAACUCGCAGCCAACCACCCCGAGCAGCAACUCGCCGCAGGCAGCAACCAGAGCCACAACCGUUCGCACCAAGAGCACGCGACGCUCUGAAGCGCCGUCGACCAGCGGCGAACAGUCCGACUCACCGACGACGCCAGCGCCACCGACGACGACGUCACUGUUGGCUCGCCGCCGCCGUCCAACCAACAGCUACCUGGGCAAGCUCGCGAACGGCAAUCGGCAGCGCACGAGCCCGGUGACGUCAGCGGUAGAGGCCGCCACCAGCCCCAGCACCACCGCCACCGCCGGCAGCGAACCGCUCGUCCGUUACGACCGACCGAAGCCGCUCGCCAGCGGCGGCUUGCGGCGCAAAUACGGUGUCCCCAACAGAACCGGUUUCAGCACGACCGCUGGCAGUGAGAGUGCCACUCCGCCAACCACUACCAGCAGCGGCAGCGGCUCCAAUCAGCCAUCAGAGCCGGCGACCCGACCGUCGAGUGCAUUGUUCAAGCGCCGAAACAAUGGAACCCGUUUGACGCGCACGACAACUCCCGCACCGGAGACUUCAUCCACCGUAGCCGGGUCUUCGCCACCGGCAAGCAGUAAGUUCUUCGGCAAGAGCAAAUACCGUCCCGGCACGCUGAACUCGGUGGCGGUAGCGACGACGGUGCCGCCCGUGACGCAAGGGCUGCCGGACGGCGAUCAAGACAUCGAGCCGAGCAUCCGGCAAAACAACAAGCUGUACAAUGCGAAGAACCGCUACCAGCAGAUCGGCGAACAGCGCGAAGAUCCCGCCUCGAUCGAGCAGGAGCUGCUCGACGCGAUUACGACGAUCUCGCGCGCCCCUCUACCCAUCACCAGCACCCCUACCGCACGUCCCGGCUACGAGGACCAGAAGGAGCUGCAGGACGAACAGCAAAAGCCGGCCGUAGUUGCCGUCCAGCAGGAGCAGCAUGUCGGGACGAAUCAGCGCGCUACCACGCACCGCUACAACAUCACCCACGAGUACCCGUACCCGCUCGGUUACACCGCCCCAGCCAUCUCUACAUCCACCCGCCGAUCGCAGAAACUCGUGCAGAGACCACGGAUCGCGACGCAAUCGCAGUACUAUUACCAGCAGGCGAAUCCUGGCAGCGUUUACUACACGUCACCGAUUGCGACGGCCACCAUCAGCCCCCGGCAGGACACGACCGCCGGAUUGCCGCCCGCCCGGAAGCGUAAACCAGCCGUCUUCGAGAAGACCCACAGCGCACACGACGGUGCCGGCCGGUCCGCCGCGGGUGACAGCUUCACCGGACGCACCUACCGACCGUCGCCCCUGGACUACGACUACUACGACGAUGGGGAUGCGCGUGUCAUCGGGAAAUCUAAUUCCCAGGUAAAGGUCAUCAUGCACGGUCCGGGCAUCAUCGAGUGUCUCGAUCAGGGCAACUUCCCGCAUCCGCUGUCGUGCAAAAAGUUCAUCUCUUGUGCCAAAAUGGAGAUCGGCGGUGUCAUCGGCUGGGAGUACACGUGCCCGAAGGGGCUCAGCUACGAUCCGGUCGGGGGCAUCUGCAACUGGUCGGCGGGGCUAGGCUGCAAGGAUUAACAGCUGCUGCAGCACCGCGGAGGGCGGAUAGGCAUUUUCGCCCUGAGCCCUCGCCAACGCUAUCCGUUCCCAAUUGUGUGCGUGUAUGUGCGUGUGUAGUUUUCUUUUGUUUUGUCUAUAAUUGUAACGGAGAAGAUAGGAAGGAAAGAUCACGAGACUGGCGUCUGCUCUCUAGCUGCUGUUCCACUAGGGAAGCGUUAUUUAUAAGUUUAGCAGUUAAAAACGAAGAAAAACAAACAAACAUAAAGCUUCCGUAGUCAGUCGGGCGUCACUGGUCACGGUUGAAUGCCAGUACCCAAGUCAGUUAAUGGACCGUAGGUGCGACCUGUAACACCAUCUUUGCAGCCGGUGCAUCAGUUUGUUUCUCUUCCCGAUUUUUCAUUGUUUGAAAAACAAAAUCUCCCUGGUGUCCCCAGCUACCCUUUAGCGCCUAACUCUCGUUUCAAGUU